UGAAGUCGUAUUGGUUUUAACUGUUUCCUCCGAUGAACUGCGAAUUUUUUUUUUUUUGGCCGGAAAAUAACCCUAGAAAGCAAAAUUAAGAAAAUUGAGUGCCUCGACUGCCCUAAUUUCCUGAAAAGUUUUGGGAUUUGGGUUUAGGGUUUAUGCAAAGUUUGUUUCUUUGAAGAAUCUUGUUUUAUUUUGUAAGAGAAAGAUGGAUACGGAAGCGCAAAAGUCUUCGUUGAACCCAACGGCAUUGCUCUCUUCUGUUCUUAGUAGGAGAGCCAAGCUCCAAGAAGAUCUUCGAAACAUUGAAAAGCAGGUCUAUGAUAUGGAGACCAGUUACUUGCAGGACCCAAGCCAAUGUGGCAAUGUAUUAAAAGGUUUUGAGGGAUUCUUGUCCUCGUCUAAGAACACUGCCCUCACGAAAAGGUCUAGGAAGUUUCAGCCUGAAGAUAGACUCUUCUCAUUGUCUUCUGUCACAUCACCAGCAGCUGAAGAACUGGCAGCUGGACGAGAUGAUGGGAGAUCAGAUUUUGGUCCAGGUCGUUCUAAGGGUGGAGGGAUAUACGCCAAUGGACAGGGAAAACCCAAAAAGGGUAGACCAACGCCUAGAGAUGCAAAGAGAGUCAGGCCAAGUGAACAAGAUUACGACUAUGAAGAUGAUCCUGAGCUGACAUUGUAAAUGGUGAAGCUUUUUGAACCCAGGAAGCCUUAAACAUCAGAUAAGCCUUUCGGUUUUGAGAAGUAUCUUUUACUAUUGUAGUUAAUGUUAUAUUUGAGGCUGCAAAGUAGUUUAGUCCCUGCUUAUUUAUUUAGCCUUUGUCCGUGUACAAAAUAGCGUUUCCUUACGAAAUUUCUAUUGGCAUCCAAUGGAUUUACCUCAACUAUGGAAAUGUAUUCAUCAAAAAGAAUUUUUAUAUUGACUUCUCAAGCUCUACUAGAUUAUCUUGGUAGAUCGUUCAAUGAACUCUGUGUCAAAUCAUACACUAAGUCAGUAAUUGCAUAUACUUUGAAGAGGGUUUUGUAUUAUAAUGCAUUUUGUUUUGACUC